UCGGCUUCUGGGAGUCAGUAAUUGCUAACAUUAAUUUGUGCAAAGCAGGAAAAUAAUCAUUUACACCUACUAUACUUAUUAGUAAUGUUGUUCCAAGCUACCCCACAUUAAAACAGUCUCUUUUCUCCAUUUUGUCCUGGGUUUCCUAGAAAAAUUUGUUACACCAGCAAAAAGUCAUAUUUCAUGCAUUUUAUUAGAUACAUUUACUGAAGUUAUUCAAGUGUAAAAGGGACAAAUUACUGUUUCAUGGUUCCCUCCUGUUCUGUCCCAGCAACCCAUCUUUGUCUGUCAGUCAUUUCCCCUCUUAAUAAAAGGCUUCCGGCAGGUUGGCUGCCUGUACAGUAGAGACCUUGUUUGUCACCCGUGUCUUUUACACUGUACCCACUUGGUUAGUCCCUUUUGUCCAGCCAAGCCUCAUUAAUCUGGAUAACUGAUAUGAAUGAAGGGGGGGGGGGGCUUCCUCUUCUCCCUCCCGCCACUCUCUCUUUCUCCCCUGUUCAGACAAGCAGGAAGUGACCUGCUUGUCUGAAGAGGAAUCAGGCCACGGCUACACAGCAGGACGACACCAAUUCUUUUUGUGUCCACACACACAAAACGCACAAGUAAUGCGCACAGGAGCAGCUACUACUGUCUUGUUUUGCACACCUAAAGAAAAAAAAAAAAAGUAGGAGGGGUGGAUUAAAAAAGAAGCGUAAAUAGCAGAGAAGUCAGGGCGGGACAAAUGCCGGUGAAGGAGUUUCUCUACAUGAGGGUCAAUCAAGCUCAGGGGAGGGAAAUGGCAGAAAGCCAAAAGUAUCCAAAUGCCAAAUAAUCCACCUUACUAAUCUUGAGCUCUGUCAAACAUACUUAAAUCUGCUCAUAAACACAUAAGUGGAUUCACAUCUCUUAAUAACACUUUAAUGUGAGCCCCCAACCCUUCUCCCUACUGUUCUCUACACCUCCCCUUACCCCUUCCUAUGCAAAUGUAAUCACCGCCCACUAUAAAUAAACCUAUCCUGCCAUGCUCUCCUACACUGUCACACACGGGGUCUUCAUUCGCUCAAGAGACACACUUCAGGAUUGCUCCUCCUUUCCAACUUCUUUCCCAGGAUGUCUGCAGUGCGCUGCCCACAUUUUACCUCCAGAAAGUCCUCCCAUUCAGCCUCCCUACUACUUCUCCUUCUGCUUGCUGGGCCUUACAGCACAAUAGCUCUUGGUCCUGGUAGAGGAAGGGCAGGGCUGGAGGGACGAGCGAGGGCUGAGGGUAGGGUUAGAUCUGGAGUAAAGGACAAAGGCGGGGACAGGGCAAGUAUUGAGGGCAACAUUGAAACUGGAUUUGGAGAUCCUCCUGUUUCUAGACUAGCUGCAGCCGAUGAUGAUGAUGAUGAUGAAGUGUGGGGGGACCCUGGCACUCCCACUGGCUUCCGGUCCACUUUUUCUAUAGGUGAAAGCGGACUGUGGGAGCCCCGCAGUUCCUCUCGCUGUGUCCCUAUCCCAUCAGGCAUGGCCUUGUGCCAAAACAUCGGUUAUGACACCAUGAGGAUGCCCAACCUGCUGGGUCACGAGUCUCCAGCAGAGGCUGUACAACAGAGUGCCAGCUGGUUGCCACUACUUGCAAGAGAGUGCCACCCUGAUGCCCGCAUCUUCCUCUGCUCCCUCUUUGCACCCAUCUGCCUCGACAGGUUUAUAUCACCCUGCAGGAGUUUGUGCGAAUCUGUACGGGACAGUUGUGCACCAAUCAUGAGCUGUUAUGGCUACCCUUGGCCAGAAAUCCUGCGCUGUGACCAGUAUCCUGCAGACCAUCUCAUGUGUAUCUCCUCAAUCACCAACAGCACUGUUCACACAGGGGGGCGUAGAGUGCCCCAGGCAAGCUGCAGAGAUUGUGAGCUGGAGGAUGCCUCUUCUUCAAAAGAUAUACUGGAGACCUUUUGUAGGAGUGAUUUUGUUGUGAAACUGCGUCUAACUCGGCUCAAGCAUAGCCCAGUGAGUCUGUCUCAGUUCUCUCUCGCUGACAAACUAGACAUUCUGAAGCACGGACCCCUGUUGGGUGGGCAGAUCCGUUCCCGCAUCGAACUGUGGCUGGAGAGGGAUGCCACCUGCGUAAGGAACAUGACGCGGCAGCAUCCACGAGGCGGGACCUUCCUAGUGACAGGCACAGUGCAGGGGGAGCGCCUGGUGGUCAACAAGGCUUAUGCCUGGCAGAGACUGGACAAGAACCUGAUGGCGGCAGCACGCAAAUGGAAACACCACAGAUGCAGGAGCUAGGAUUACGUUAGGAAAUCCAAAAGAACUGAGAUGUGAAACAAACAUUAAACAGCUAUGCAUAGGGAAAGGAUAGACAUAGCAUUUAGAAUUUGACUAAAUACCUACAACUGUAAAUUAUGCUUGGUGUAGUCUCUUUAAAUCAUGUCCAAACUUCUGUGGUCAUGGAAGAAAUAAUAUGCAGUCAGCUAGUCACAAAGGAGUUCAUAAAAGAACCAACACUGUCUCUCAGGCAGUGGAGGUCAAAUUAAUAAAAAGAAGUAUAAUAGACAAUGUACAUAUAUGUGAAUUUUAAGUAAAUAUUUCUGGUCUAUAUUUUGUAUGGCUUUGAGAAAAAAAUUAAAUGUUGUGUUCUAAAUCCCGAUCGAAUGCCAUUUAUUCACACAUAGCAGAUCACACCCAAAG